CCCCCUUCCCAUAACUCCGGAGGAGCAGCUCUCUGACGUUACAGUAGUAGGAACGAUGCGGGUAGUAUACGAUAUCUACUCGCCCAUUUGUCCUAUUGGGGCACCCUCACGCGACAACACUCGCCCCACCAGGAACUUGAACCCAGCAGCAGUCGCCAAAGUUGCUCCUCCUCCUCCUCCUCCCCCAACCGCUGCUCGCGUUGACCGCCGCCGCCGCCAGGGCAUCGUCUUCAACGUCCAGGACCUUCCUCAAGAACUCAGGGCCCUCCAAGCCAACUCCAGCUCACCUAAGCCUGCCCGACCGGCUUGA